AUGAGCCCAAAUCCUUCCACAAAUCAGCCACCUCCAACCCCAACCACCUCAUGUGCCCCUGACUCCCUCUUCCACCACCACCUACUCUGCCCCUCCUCUCCUUGCCCCAUCUUCCUCCCUCUCUACCUCUGCCCUUUUCUUCUUCCUUCGUCCUUUUUUCUUUCCAUUCUUCUUCCUCGGUCCCUGCCUCCAUCACCGCCGCACAGCCGCGCCUCCGUCAGCCACCAUCAACGCCGACGACCUCCUCCUUCCUCUCGCACCAGCACCGCUUCCAGCAAUAACCCAUCCGGUGAGGCGGAUCCAAAUUCCUGCGGCGGAGACACUGUCACCGGCCAGAAUCGCAAGUUCUGUCCGCUGCCACUUACGCCGCGAUUGCAGCAGAGUUCCAAGUCCCGGUCGAGCCUGCCGCCCCUCCAGCCGCUUUCGAUAGCCCGGCGGAGCCUCGAUGAGUGGCCGCAGGCGAGCUCAGAUGACAUUGGGGAGUGGUUGCCCCCACAGCCGCCGUUGACCACCGGUGGCGCCAUGAGAGGUAACCCUGGUGAAAGGUUGAAACUUGAUCUCUCCUCAAUUCAGAUGAACAAUGAUAGGAAUUGCAAUAAUGGCAGUAAUAGUAGUGGUAAUAAUAAUAGUUGUAACAAUAAUGGUGUUAGUGGACUCUUGAAGAGGGAUAGAAUUGCAUUUUUUGAUAAGGAGUGUUCAAAGGUUGCUGAACAUGUUUACCUUGGUGGUGAUGCUGUUGCUAAGAAUAGGGAUAUAUUGAAACAGAAUGGAAUCACUCAUAUCUUGAACUGUGUUGGUUUUGUGUGCCCCGAGUAUUUUAAGGCUGAUUUUGUGUAUAGAACAUUGUGGCUUCAGGAUAGUCCUUCAGAGGAUAUUACUAGUAUCUUGUAUGAUGUGUUUGAUUACUUUGAGGAUGUUAUGGAACAAGGUGGUAGGGUGUUUGUGCACUAUUGUCAAGGUGUGUCUAGGUCUACUUCGUUGGUGAUUGCAUACCUCAUGUGGAGAGAAGGACAGAGCUUUGAUGAUGCUUUUCAGUUGGUGAAGGCUGCAAGGGGUAUUGCCGAUCCGAAUAUGGGGUUUGUUUGCCAGUUGUUGCAGUGCCAGAAGAGGGUGCAUGCAGUUCCUCUUAGUCCUACCUCUUUGCUUAGGAUGUAUAGGAAGGCUCCACACUCGCCUUAUGAUCCUUUGCAUCUCGUCCCCAAAAUGUUAACGGAUCCUUCGCCUUCCGCAUUGGACUCCAGGGGAGCUUUUUUUGUACAUAUUCCCACUGCAAUAUUUGUUUGUGAUUAGAGGAAAGUGGGCUGCUAUGAUGUUGAUUAUGAAGUUUUUCAAAAAGCUAUUGUUGGAGGUUUUGUGCCACCAUUUCCAUCAUCAGAGGAUAAACAUGAAACCCAUCUUCUUGCAAGAGAGAGUAGUUGGAGUGCCUUAAGGCGUAAAGUUUUCUCUUCUCAUAUGAAGGAGAUUGUCACAGCCCCUAAGUCAUCCCUCUCAAGGAUUUAUUCCGAUUUCAUGUUGUGUAUUCAUUCAACAAAAACUUCAUCUCCAUCCUCAUCAUCUAUAUCAUCAUCUUCGCCCUCGUAUCAUCAUCUAAUGGGAGUAAGGGAGUGAGAAAGAGAAGAAGAC